AAUUUACCGUAUUUUCCCGUCUUUCGGUAUGGUCCGUUGGUUUGGUUAGUACAACGGCGGUGGCGCGCCGGUUUAUUGGAAAUCCUGAAAUUCAAUUCACAGAAGCCGGCUAUCCCGCUGGUGUAAAGAAUUUCGUUCGGUUAUAUACACGAAAAAAAUAGCAAUUUGUUUGGUCGCUAAGCAUUACAUUUCACGUGAUUUUCGUUGGUUUUUAUUAAUAUUAAUUAAGUAUGGAGCUCGAAGGUGAUAAUUUGGUUACUCUUAGCGAAUAUCUCAAAGCAACGCUUAACCCUGCCGUAGACGUCAGGCGACCCGCUGAGAAAUUUCUUGAGUCUAUUGAAGUAAACCAGAAUUAUCCAGCGAUCCUGUUGCACCUCGUGGACAAAGCUGAGAUUGAUAUAACGAUCAGAAUAGCGGGAGCAAUUGCUUUCAAGAAUUAUAUAAAAAGAAAUUGGAAAGUGGAUGAAGAUGGAGUUGAUCGCAUACAUGCAGCUGAUCGCGACGCGAUUAAGAAAUUGAUUGUUAAUUUAAUGCUGCACUCGCCGGAUUCGAUUCAAAAGCAAUUGUCCGACGCUGUGUCUAUCAUCGGAAAACAUGAUUUUCCCACAAAAUGGCCUGAUUUGAUAGAUCAAAUGGUUGAAAAAUUCAACACCGGAGAUUUCCAUGUUAUCAACGGUGUCCUCCAUACUGCACAUUCACUUUUCAAGAGAUACCGUUACGAAUUUAAAAGUCAAACUUUGUGGACAGAGAUCAAAUUCGUUUUGAACAAAUUUGCCAAACCUCUAACCGAUCUUUUCUUGGCUACAAUGAAUCUCACUCAGGUUCAUGCCAAUAAUCAUGAGGCGUUGAAAGUUAUAUACAAUUCUCUCGUGAUACUCUGCAAAGUAUUUUACUCUCUGAAUUUUCAAGAUCUCCCCGAAUUUUUCGAAGACAACAUGGAAGUAUGGAUGACGAAUUUCCACACUCUCUUAACAACAGAAGUUCCAUCCUUACGAACUUUGGACGAGGAAGAGCCCGGAAUUAUCGAGCAGCUCAAGUCUCAAGUGUGCGACAACAUUGUUCUUUAUGCUCAAAAGUAUGACGAAGAGUUUCAAAAAUACGUCCCACAAUUUCUCGAAGCAAUUUGGGCGCUUCUCAACGGGACUGGUCAGCAGGCCAAGUUCGAUGCUCUGGUGUCGAAUGCACUGCAGUUCUUGGUGACUGUUGCCGAUCGCGAUCAAUAUAGACAUUUGUUCGAAAAACCGGAAACGUUACGGAGCAUUUGCGAUAAUCUCAUCACCCCCAAUGUCGAAUUCCGAGAGUCCGACAACGAAUUGUUCGAGGAUAAUCCGGAGGAGUACAUAAGACGCGAUAUCGAAGGCAGUGAUGUUGAUACCAGACGCAGAGCUGCUUGCGAUCUUGUCAAGGUUCUAGCCAAAUAUUUCGGGGCCAAGAUAAUGGAUAUUCUUGGUCACUACGUCAUGUUGAGGUUGUCUGAAUAUGCAGCAAAACCGGCAGAAAAUUGGCGGAAAAAGGACGCUGCGAUAUAUCUUGUAACAAGCAGUGCGAGCAAAGGACAAACACAAAAACACGGUGUUACGCAGAGUAACGAAUUCGUAUCACUUCCAACAUUCGCUGUUCAACAUAUUGAACCCGAACUUGUCAAACAGAAUGUGAACGAAUUUCCCGUACUGAAAGCGGACUCUAUCAAAUUUGUGAUGUCGUUCAGAUCUGUUUUACCACGAGAAUUGGUCGUUGGAAGCAUUCCUCAUUUGAUAAGACAUUUAUCAGCGACCAGUACCGUGGUGCACAGUUACGCUGCUUGUGCGAUUGAGAAAAUCCUCGCUCUGAAGGAUUCUAACAACGUGCCUAUAGUCAAGGGUGAAGAGCUCACACCGUUGGCUGCCGAUUUACUGAAAGGUUUAUUCGCCAUUUUGGAAAUGCCUGGCUCCGAGGAGAACGAAUAUUCGAUGAAGGCGAUCAUGCGAAGUUUUGGGACUUUGAAAGACAGCGUUGUACCAUAUCUCGGUGAUCUGUUGCCAAAAUUGACGGAAAAACUGACGAUUGUUUCGAGAAACCCGAGUCGACCGAAUUUCAAUCAUUAUCUUUUUGAAACGUUGAGUUUGUCGAUCAGAAUCGUGUGCAAAACUAAUCCUGCGGCUGUAGCCUCGUUUGAACAGGCUUUGUUUCCAAUUUUCCAAGUGAUCUUGCAGCAGGACGUUCAAGAAUUUAUCCCAUACGUCUUUCAAAUUUUGGCUUUGCUUCUUGAACUCCAAACCGGUCCGGAUGUUCCUGAACCAUACAUGGCCCUGUUCCCAUGCUUACUGGCUCCUGUUCUGUUCGAACGUCAAGCAAAUAUUCAUCCCUUGAACCGACUGCUUCAAGCUUUCGUGAGUCAUGGAUCACAUCAAAUUAUUGCUCAAGACAAAACCAGCGGUCUGUUGGGCGUCUUUCAGAAACUCAUCGCCUCGAAAGCUAACGAUCACGAAGGUUUCUUGCUGAUGCAAAGCAUCAUCGAACAUUUCCCUCCGAACGUGUUGGACCCCUUCAUGAAGCAGGUCUUCGUGCUACUGUUCCAGAGGUUAUCGUCGACGAAAACAACAAAGUUCGUAAAAGGUCUCAUAGUAUUUUUCGCCUACUACAUUAUAAGAUACGGGUCCUCGAGUCUGGUGACAAUAGUGGACUCGAUUCAGCCACAAAUGUUCGGUAUGGUUGUCGAGCGUGUCAUAUUAGCAGAUUUGCAGAAAGUUUCCGGUGAGAUCGAACGCAAAGUUGCUGCGGUGGGGAUAUCAAAUUUGUUAAUAGACUGUCCUGCCAUGGUGGAAAGCCCUUACAACGUGUUUUAUCCACGCGUUUUGGCUACGUUGGUAGAAUUCUUCGAAUUACCUCACGAUCAGACUGUUUUGCCUGAGGAUGCUUUGUUCCAGGAUGUCGACGAUUCCUCCGGCUAUCAGGCGGCUUACAGUCAACUGAUUUGCGCUAGGAAUCCCAAGAAAGAUCCUCUUGGAGCUAUUGGCGACGUACGUUUGCAUCUGGCUCAAGGUUUGGGCAGACUGCCUCCUGGUCAACUUCCGGGUCUUCUAGGUCAGAUUCCAGAGCCGAAUGCGAAUCAUCUUAGAAACUACUUACAAACAGCGGGCAUUAGCGUUGCAUAAUACGAGCUUGACGUUCGUAACAAACUCAAGAUUCACCUGAUGGCGAGAAAGUUCAACAACAUUGAGCUGAGCAAUUUAUGAUAUAGGAAUACUAAUUCGCUCAAAGCUCGAUUAUUUCUUUUACUUUUUGCUAUGACAAAACCGACGGAUAAAUGAAUUUGCGACGUGUGAAUGGGCUUUUGAAAAUUUCCGCGUUUGUUUCAGUCUGAAAGUGAACUUGAAUUUUCUGAUGUUACUUCUACAUCGAUCGAGUGAACUCAUUGUUGUAAUUCAAGUUUUGUCUUUAAAUUCAUUUACGUCCAUUGCAACCGCUAGUACUCAUUUUCUCAAUUUUUACAGGAUAAAUGUCACUGAAUGAGAAGAGAAAGUUAGAAUAAUAGAUCACGUCCGAGUUUUGUCGAACGAUCAAACAAUGCUCGCAUAAGCUUUUUCGGUCACUCUGACAAAAUCAGAUUGAAUUUAGCCUGAGAAUUCCGCGGGCGGCUGUAUGAUACAGGAAUUUUUCGGGAUACAUUUAUUCAAGAAUUUAACAAAUAUAACGACCUCAAAAGUUUUCGAUUCUCGGAGCAUUCUUAAGAUCAAAGAGACGCAAAGUUUGAGGGCGAAUUCGGAUUUCUGGACAGAUGACUUCACUUCACAUGUCUUAACGAACUCAAAAAGAUUUCUCAGUGCUAAGAGAAUAACUUUGAAAAUUAUACAAAUUUUCCUAGUUUCAUUCUCAUUAAAAUCACCGUGAAGUGUGCUGCAUCGAAUUUGAAUUUAUUCCUCAUAAGUUAAUGUUCAACGGGAAUGGCAAAGUAAAAAAUUCUUGAACAAUUGUAAUCUGUGAAAUGAUUCGUAAAUUUAUCACAAUUUAUAUUUUUCUAUGUUUAUCGAAUGUGUGAUAGAUCUAACAAGCAGUGAAUAAAAUCGAUGGUUUGAAUGCGUCAGUAGAAAUUAGUGAAAGGGAAGAAUCCAUGAUUUUUGAAAGCGAUUAUGUACCCGAUAAAUUCUUGGACAUCCGAAUGCUUGAAAUUUGUUACGAAUAAUUUUGCGUCAAAAUGUAUAAGAAGAAAAACUGGAAAUUUUAGUAAACAUUUGCUAGUAGAAAAAGGGCAUUCGCAAAAUCCGAUGACACGAAAAGAAAGAUGGGCAUUUCCAUGGGAAGCGAAAAAAAAAAAUUCGUUAAUUUUUCUCGUUAUCCAACCACUUUUUUAAAAGUUGAAAUCCAACCAUUGCUAUGAGUCCUUCGAUUCGUUAUCUCUGCAAUGCAAAUCAUACUUUUCCAGUACGUUGUACGAGCUUUUGUAUUGAAAAGUUUUUCGUUCCAACUGUUUUUACGUGACUAGCAAGGAAAGUAUAACGUUUACAUUGUACAAUGAAAAGUAAACGCACCAGGGACUAUUAUUUUUGUAAAAUAUUUCACGAGGAACAACUUUUUAAAAUAGAAUUGAAUGGAAAAUUCGAAAUUACGUGUAAUGCCUCAAGUUGUCAAGUGAUAUGUAUGAUUUUGAGUGUCAUUUUUCGAGAAAACAAAUCGAAAAACAUUUUCUGUUUCAAUACAUAAAUAAAAAAAAAAAAACUAUUGAAACGGAACAAACUUUUUUACAAGGCAUCUCAACGUGCACUGACGCCUAAUCGAAGUCUCACAAUAUUUUUAAAAUGUAACAUAAACAAUGCAGAAGAAAAAGAGUUUCGUUCUAAGGUGGAAAAAAAUAACAAUUCUUCGAUAUGUGAAUACAUGAAAAUUGUUUAGUGCUUAACUGUAAAAUUUUGUACUGUGGUCAGUUUAUUAAAAAGACACUGUUGCUA